CUCUUCGAAAACUUCUCGCCUACCGUUUCUCUGCUCUAUUGCCCAACAUGAAGCUCGCUGUGACACUUUCCAUUCUUGCAGCCACCGCCAUGGGCCAGACGAUGUGCUCUCAGUAUGACAGUGCCUCGAGCCCCCCAUACUCGGUGAACCAGAACCUCUGGGGCGAAUACCAGGGCACUGGCAGCCAGUGUGUGUACGUCGACAAGCUUAGCAGCAGUGGUGCCUCAUGGCAUACCAAAUGGACCUGGAGUGGUGGCGAGGGAACAGUGAAAAGUUACUCUAACUCCGGCCUUACGUUCGACAAGAAGCUAGUCAGCGAUGUGUCAAGCAUUCCCACCUCGGUGGAAUGGAGCCAGGACGACACCAAUGUCCAAGCCGAUGUCUCAUAUGAUCUGUUCACCGCGGCGAAUGCGGAUCAUGCCACUUCCAGCGGUGACUAUGAGCUUAUGAUUUGGCUUGCCCGCUACGGCUCAGUCCAGCCUAUUGGCAAGCAGAUUGCCACGGCCACUGUGGGAGGCAAGUCCUGGGAGGUGUGGUAUGGUACCAGCACCCAGGCCGGUGCGGAGCAGAAGACAUAUAGCUUCGUGGCAGGAUCGCCUAUCAACUCGUACAGUGGGGACAUCAAGGACUUCUUCAACUAUCUCACCCAGAACCAAGGCUUCCCGGCUAGCUCUCAGCAUUUGAUCACUCUGCAAUUUGGAACUGAGCCGUUUACUGGGGGCCCGGCAACCUUCACGGUUGACAACUGGACCGCUAGUGUCAACUAAGACUCUAAUAGAAGGCUUUAGGCGCAGCCUGGGUAAAUAGACUCCAUCGCGGGAAAUAACAGCUUGGUUCUUCGUUCUAGAACGUCGGGCGUGUAAGAGCUAGGAAAUCCGCCCACUCUGAU